GCUCUGAGCCCCAUUGGCUGUCCCGACUGCCGAGGCUGGCAGGCAGUGGCGACAGGGAAGAGCGGGGCGACGGAGCUUAUCGGUGGAAGGACCGAAGGAACAUCACGAACUGUGAUAGAAACUAGGGGAAUAUACAUUCUUGUUGGAGUUUUCGGGUUUCCCGGGCGGACCGAAACAUCGUCGACGCUCAGUGUUGGCUGGAAGUUUUCGAGGCGACCUGUGAUGUGGUGACGCGACUCCCAGCGAAUCCAUGGGAAGCUAACGUUAGCCGACGAGCUAACGUUACUUAUAGAUUUACCAUUUCAGUAGCGCAACGCACUUUUUAUAGUUUUCAAAUAUGUAAGAUGGGUAUCUAUGAGAUAUUUUAUCAUGUUGACUACUUUUAUAUAUGGUUUGGAGCGUAUGCACUGAUAAGCAACUAACGUUAUCUUAUCUAAGUAGUUGGUGUAUGAAAGUAGCAGGAGUUAGCUACCUAGCGGGCUAGUGGCUAACGUUGGCUAGCGGUCGACUGUAAACUGAGUUCAAGCCAAAGAAUUCUGGUUCAAAUUAGCUAGCGCUAGCGGGGCUGGGGUUGUUUCCACGUCACCCAGCUGCAUCAACACACGUCUACCUGUUGUGAAAUGACUUGGAACUUUUUCAUGGCUGUUUACGUUAAAAAGCAAACAUAGACACUUUUCCUGCCAAAAUCCAGAUAUGCAAUCAACGAAACCACCAGCUUAUUUAAUGCUAGCUUGCUAACGCAGAGUUAGCCGACCUAACUUGGAAUACUGCCCCCCCCCCCCCUCCGCUCACUUUAUGUGGGGUUUUCUUUGAGGCCUUUGGGGAAUAUAUCCGUUUUCCGCAACAGGACCAGCAGCUUCACAGCCUUAAUGCACCCCCGCGUAUGGAUGGAGUGAAUCUGGAUUUGUUUGAAUCCUGAAAAGACUGUCAAACAGUCGGAGUAUCUGGACUCUGUUGACAUUUAUCUGGGCUCCAAACAAACGUGGAUUUCGAAGGCAUUUGGAUUAACGUUAUUUAGUAAAGAUGAUGUGCGAGGUGAUGCCCACCAUCAGCGAGGCUGAAGGGCCUGGCGGGGGUGGUGGUACCGGUCGUCGGGGCUCUGGCUCCCCACUGCAGUCGGACUCAGAGGGCCACUUUGAGUCACUGAUGGUGUCCAUGCUGGAGGAGAGAGAUCGUCUUCUGGAGACACUAAGAGAGACUCAGGAGAACCUGGGGUUGACUCAGGGCAAACUCCAUGAAGUUAGCCAUGAAAGGGACUCGUUGCAGAGACAACUUAACACUGCUUUGCCACAGGAGUUUGCAGCACUAACAAAGGAGGUGAACGUAUGCCGGGAACAGCUUCUGGAGAAGGAGGAGGAGAUUUCAGAACUGAAGGCUGAGAGGAACAACACACGGCUCCUGUUGGAACACCUAGAGUGCCUGGUGUCGCGGCACGAGCGUAGCCUGAGGAUGACGGUGGUGAAGAGACAGGCUCAGUCUCCGGCAGGCGUGUCAAGUGAAGUCGAGGUCCUUAAAGCCCUAAAGUCACUUUUUGAACACCACAAAGCCCUAGACGAAAAGGUAAGAGAGCGACUACGCGUUGCCCUGGAAAGAUGCAGUGCAUUGGAGGAACAACUCACCAUCUCACACAAAGAACUGGCAUACCUCAGGGAGCAGAGCGGCCAGAAGAGAGGCCUGGCAGAUGGAACCAGUGAGGUGAACCACAACUCUGAAAACGCACCGAGCACUAAUGGCAAGCGGUCGUCCGAUGGUUCACUGAGUCAGGAGGAUGAGUCGGGCCUGGGGUUUGGGAAGGUCGGUGAGCUGCAGGAGGUGGUGGACCGCCAGGCAGCAGAUCUAGGCCAGAUGAAGGAGCGUAUGGUGACUAUGGCAUCUCGCAUCAGCGAACUGGAGGAAGACCUUGACACGGCUCGAAAGGACCUCAUCAAGUCUGAAGACAUGAACACUCGGUUACAGAGAGACCUCAGAGAGUCAAUGGCUCAGAAAGAAGACAUGGAGGAGAGGAUCACCACUUUGGAGAAACGCUACCUGGCAGCACAGCGGGAGGCCACCUCUGUCCAUGACCUCAAUGACAAGCUGGAGAAUGAAGUUGCCAACAAGGACUCCCUCUACCGACAGAGUGAAGACAGAAACCGACAACUUCAGGAGAAGUUGGAACUGGCUGAGCAGAAGCUGCAGCAGACCCUUCGCAAGGCAGAGACUCUGCCUGAGGUGGAGGCAGAGCUGGCACAAAGGGUGGCUGCUCUUACGAAGGCAGAGGAACGCCAUGGCAACGUUGAGGAGCGACUGCGGCAGAUGGAGGCCCAGCUGGAGGAGAAGAACCAGGAGUUACUUAGAGCCCGGCAGAGAGAAAAGAUGAACGAGGAGCACAACAAGCGUCUGUCUGAGACGGUGGACAAGCUCCUGUCAGAGUCCAAUGAGCGACUGCAACUUCACCUCAAAGAGAGGAUGUCUGCUCUCGAGGACAAGAAUGCCCUAAUCAGGGAACUAGAGCACACCAAGAAGCUGAUCGAGGAAUCUCACCACGAGAAGGAGCAGCUCCUGAUCCAGAUAGAGACUAUGAGGGCAGAGAGCGAGCACGGUAGGAGCAGGAGCAACUCCUUACUACACGGACGGUCUCAGCUGGGCAGCACCCCAGAUUUCAGAUAUCCUGUGUCGGCUUCCUCAAUGAUGGACAGUAAUUCGGACCAUUAUGGCAGCGCUCUUGUACUAAGACGGCCGCAGAAGGGGCGGGUUGCAGCUCUGCGGGGCGAGCCAUCCAAGGUACAGACCUUGAACGAGCAGGAGUGGGAGCGCAUGCAGCAGGCCAACGUCCUGGCAAAUGUGGCCCAGGCGUUUGAGAGUGACAUGGAUGCUUCAGACUUGGAGGAGGACCGGGAGACUAUUUUCAGCUCGGUAGACUUGUUGUCCCCCGGUGGCCAGGCGGAUGCACAGACCCUUGCCCUUAUGUUGCAGGAGCAGCUUGAUGCUAUCAACAAUGAAAUUAGGAUGAUCCAAGAGGAGAAGGAGAGCACAGCCAUCCGGGCAGAGGAGAUUGAGUGCCGGGUGGGCAGUGGCGACAGCCUAGGAGGACGUUUCCGCUCCAUGAGCUCCAUCCCUCCAUCGCUGUGUGCGGGCUCAUCGUUGGGUGGCUCUCCCCCGGGAUCAGGCCACUCCACACCCAGGCGCAUUCCUCGCAGCCCCAACAGAGAGCUGGACCGCAUGGGUGUCAUGACCUUGCCUAGUGACCUGCGCAAGCACCGCAGGAAGUCUGCUCAGGAUGACAAGGCCACUAUCCGAUGCGAGACCUCGCCUCCGACCACUCCUCGCUCCAUGCGCCUCAACAGAGACACAGGGCAUGCCGCCAGCCAAGAGGACAUCAGAGAUAUUCGAGGUCUGGCCGGCCUACAGGACGGCCAAGGUAGUAACCCCAGCAGUAGCAACAGCAGCCAGGACUCGCUCAACAAGGCGGCCAAGAAGAAGAGCAUCAAGUCUUCUAUUGGGCGCCUCUUUGGAAAGAAAGAAAAGGGCCGACCCAGCCUCCCUGGCAAGGAUUCUCCCAGCCAAGCUGGCACUCCUGAGGCAGAGAGUUCUCCAAAGGAUGGCCUGGGAAUGGGCACUCUGGGAGGCCCCGCAGAGAAGAACAGGAAGCUGCAGAAGAAGCAUGAAUUACUGGAGGAGGCUCGCAGGCAGGGUCUGCCGUUCGCUCAGUGGGAUGGGCCAACCGUUGUCUCAUGGUUGGAGCUGUGGGUCGGCAUGCCAGCUUGGUAUGUGGCUGCGUGUCGGGCCAACGUGAAGAGUGGAGCCAUUAUGUCCGCCCUGUCAGACACGGAGAUUCAGCGGGAGAUCGGAAUCAGCAACCCUCUGCAUCGCCUGAAACUACGCCUGGCCAUCCAGGAAAUCAUGUCUCUGACCAGCCCGUCUGCGCCACCCACCUCCAGAACGACCACGGGAAACGUUUGGGUCACGCAUGAAGAGAUGGAAACUUUGGCAGCCACACCUCCCACGGAGGAUGACGAGGGUAGCUGGGCCCAGACUUUGGCCUAUGGAGACAUGAACCAUGAGUGGAUCGGUAACGAGUGGCUGCCCAGCCUGGGUUUGCCCCAGUACCGCUCCUACUUCAUGGAGUCGCUGGUGGACGCCCGCAUGCUUGACCACCUCACCAAGAAGGAUCUGCGUGGACAGUUGAAGAUGGUGGACAGCUUCCACAGGAAUAGUUUCCAGUGUGGCGUGAUGUGUCUGCGGAGGCUCAACUAUGACAGAAAAGAGCUGGAGAGGAGAAGGGAGGAGUCCCAGCUUGAGCAUAAAGAUGUGCUGGUGUGGAGCAACGAGCGUGUGAUCGUCUGGGUUCAGGCCAUCGGACUCAAAGAGUACAGUGCUAAUCUGUAUGAGAGUGGGGUCCAUGGUGCGCUGCUCGCCCUUGACGAGACAUUUGACCACAACACCCUGGCCCUGCUUCUUCAGAUCCCCACACAGAACACACAGGCCAGAGCAGCUCUUGAGCGUGAAUACAACAGCCUGCUGGCCAUCGGCACAGAGAGGAGGUUGGAAGAGGACGACGAUAAGAACUUCCGCCGAGCUCCUUCAUGGAGGAAGAAGUUCAGGCCAAAAGAUACGAGGGGAAUGUCGUUAGGCGUGUCGGAUACUCUACCCGCCAACUUCAGAGUGACCGGCAGCGGGACGGCAUCUCCCUCCACGCAGCCAAAGAGGAGCCCGAUGGAUGGAAGUCAGUCUAUACAGAGGCUGGACACUGCCACAGUCAGGACCUACUCUUGUUAACACACGGUUUAUCCUCAUUAUUUCUAUAGGUAGCCGCUGGUCUGAAGAUGAAGGGGAGUUCCCCGCAUUCAAGACUAGGAUGAUGAACUGAAACGAGUUGCAAGGAGUCUAGAAGAUAUUUUGUUUUUUUUCUGUCAUCACAGAAAAAGGCCGUACUCACCAGUCUCAGUAUCUCUUGAGGAAACGUUGCUAGAUUUAUCUAUAUUUGUUAUAUUUAUGUAAACCAAUGGAACUUUUAUUGAUUUUAGAAUUACUGUGUAACCUUUCACCUUUAUCCCCUUAAUCACUUCUCCACUGUGCCCGUAUUAAGCUCAGCUCUCAGAUGUAACUGAAUGUUUCUACUGUCUGGAGUUUGUAUAUUUCUACCAACAGACGUUUUAUCUAAUCUUUUUAUAAUCCUCAUUUCAUUGACCAGAUGUAUGUUCUUCCUCUGAUUUGAACUUUAAUUAGUUCAGUGACUUUGAUAUGUGAUAUAACUUAAUUCAUAUCUUUGCCCCUUUUAACUAUUGUCAUUUUUGUAGAUUAUUACCUGUGACGUUGUGUAAAUGCAGCUCUUAGGUCAAUGGAUGUGUGAAUAUUAGACAAACUGCUGGAGAUGUCAAACGGCUUCACCACCUUCUCAACACUGAGUCGUCCAUCACCUUUCAAAUAACUGCUGGUAAACCAGGUGAUGUGACAACAGCUCAUGUGAAGCAGUAUAUUUUACAUUUCUCUUUUAUUUUUUUUUAUUUUUUUCUCCAUAUCUGCAAUACCAAAAUGAAUUAGAGAAUUAAAGCCAUAUCAUAGUAGCAAAGAGAAGAGCUGAAGGCUGCCGCGAGUGAAAGCCGAGGUCCAGGUUCUCUGCAGGUGAGCUUGCAUAUGGAAACUCGUGUUGCGACAUAUCCAGACCUGCACACUCAACAAAUCCCUUUAACAAAACAAACCUUCCUCACUCUGGAGGGACACAGAGACUCACUUCUGCUCAAGGACUUCAAACGUGCAGAGGAGUCGAAUGCGUGGAAACUCCUUCAAUGGACCAACUUUACCGAGGCCUCAGUCGAUCCCUGUGACUAGACGACGGUCAACAACCCACAGACCUUUUUUAAAAACGCUUUGUAUGAAGAUUUCAUGUCAAGCCUUAUGUGUAACUCUUCUGUUGUCUGCUCUUAUUUAUUAUUACUCAUCCAUGUUGUGUUUAUCAGUUGCUCUUGGCAAAGCUCAUCUUGUGUAAGUUUAACCUGUCUGCUCACAACACAGGUUCCACCUCGUUCUUCGCGAAUGAGUAGGAACCAAAGAGUUUUUUCACUCAACAUGUAGUUAAAGCUUAAAGUAGUUUGUUUCUUGUUUUUGUGACUUAGUCCUUUAUGCACAAUGCAAAUCAUGUUGCUGUUGUUGUUUUUUAUUCCUGCUCUUGCUCUGAAUCUUCUGAUCUUGUAACAAUGAUGUACAGUCUGAGUACUUAUAAACUAUUUUUAUCACAGUAUUAUUUAUUGCUUACUUUCAAUAAAAUACUGAAACUUA